ACUCCUCGAUUGUUGCAUUCGCCCAAGCAGCCAGUUCGUCGCUCCUACGCAACUAUGGCUCCAGCUCGCGAGCUCAUGCUGAUGGCUGUCGUCGCAUUCCUCCUCGCGAACGUCGCGACGGCUUUCACGACGGCGACGUGCAUCAAGGAGGCGGAGCAGCUCGUCAAGGUGCUCGACGCCAAGCCCGCCACGCCUUACAGCUUCAUCUCGCGCGAGCUCAAGAAGCUCAUCAAGGCCGUCAAGGCGGGAUACGACGUCGGCGAAUUCUACGACAGCACGCUGCUGAUCCCGACCAAUCACGCACUCGCCGUCGCGAAGAUCAACCCAUCCAAGAUCCGAUACAAGGAGGAUUUCUACCGAACCCACAUUCUGGACGGCCAAGUCGACGACAUUACAUCCACCGCGGGAGAGAAGCAGCUGACCUCGAAUCCCGGCGUGAGCGUGCGGAUAUUCAAGGCUCCGACGUUUCCCCUGGGCGUGGUGCUGCGCGUGGCGGGGACUAAGAACCGGCCGUCCGCGGUGCUGGAGCAUCUGCACACAGGCACGGAGAACUGUUUCGAGGCGUACGGCAUCAACCGCGUGCUCGUCAAGUGAUGAUGCAUACUGGCGGGUGAAGAGCGCGCUUCUGGAAACUCCUGCAGUGGCGCGUCUUGAAGAAGAAAUAUGUGAUCCACCCUACUGCUAGUAGUAAUAGGAGUGAAGCGGCACCUUUUUUCCAACGCCUCUUCGAUGACAUUUCUUUCCCAAUCGUGAUGAUGCCACAGAGAACGCCUCGUUCGCUCUCCCUCGCUCACUACACGCCUGCCGUUUGAUAAUUGCUGCAUGUUUGAAUGGCAUGCGGAAGAAAUUGUAACUGUACUGCCAGAACAAUGCACAUGUGCA